AUGACGGCCGUCACUACUCGACGCGAUGAGAACGGAGGUUUCCUCGCUCCGUGGACGUGGGGAGUGUCCAGACCCCCAGGCAUCACACCGCGCCUUGUCGGUCCACACUUUUGUACAUUCUGUUCCUCGGUUGUGUUCCGUGACGGCGGACGGUCACGGAGGAGUUCCUGCGUGUAUCCAUCGGUGAGAGGUGACCGUGAGCCGCUCAUUACUGCCGGCAGCGAACUACUGCUGAGGCCUCGGGCAAAGAGAAGGCUGGAGCUGGAGGCUGGUGAUCUGCUGGACCCUCAGGAUGGUGGCAGGACCACCAAAGACAAGAAGCCCAUGGCCUCUGUGACCCACACAGGAGGAAAACCUCCUGCCCCCAAUCCCGUAGCACGCAAGUCACUUUUCGAGAGGUCGCGCUGUGACACCUCACUGGGUUUGCUGACGCAGGGGUUCGCAGAGCUGCUGAACCGCUCCGCUGACGGAGUGUUGGACCUAAACGUCGUCGCCCGGGAGCUCAACGCCCCGAAGAGACGCGUCUACGAUGUCACCAACGUCCUGGAGGGGGUCAAGCUCCUCAGAAAGAAGUCUAAGAACACCAUCCAGUGGUUGGGCGGACAGAUGGCCGGCACUGCAGAUCAAGAGCUGAACAGUCUCACCGAGGAGGAGAAGUACCUGGACGAGCUGAUUCAGUGUUGUACCCGGCAGAUCCACCAGCUGUGCGAGGACCGCUGCAGCCAGAGAUAUGCGUAUUUGACUUACGAGGACGUCCAUAAGAUCAACAGUUUAAAAGAACAGACUGUGAUCGUGAUCAAAGCUCCCGCAGAGACUAAACUUGAGGUGCCGCAUCCAGAGGAGAGCCUCCAGGUCCACCUCAGGAGCACCCAGGGGCCCAUUGAAGUGUUCCUCUGCUCCGAUGACCCCGUCCCUAUGGAAGUCAUGGACAGCUCGGCGGCCAGUGAUGCAAACGGCAGCCACUUAAACUGGACCACCAGUGGGAUCGGCUCAGUCCCGGGUUCAGCUUUAUCGUCCUUCACUCCAGUGUCUUCCAAAGACGUCGCUAACAAUAGUUGCGGAAUCAAUAAUUCCUCCAAACCGCUGCCUGAGCAGACACAGCACUCCUCACCGGUUACUUUCACUUCGGUUUCCCCCACACUCACCUCACCCUCCUCUGAAGACCAGCACAGUUUUGUCACCCUCACUCCAUCUCUGGCCCUCUCUCCUGACGGGGAGCAAUACCUCCUGAGCCUGGCGGAGGACGUGGGCAUCACUGACCUCUUUUCUUCUGUCGACUUGGACCAAUCGCCAGUGGAUAUGCCCCUUGUCUGAGCAGCUUUUUUUUUGGAAAUACAGUAAUUUUAAAAGAAAUCUUCACACAAAAUAGGAUACCGGGGAGAUACAGUACAAAAGAACUAAGGGCUGACUUGAAUGGGAGUUGUUUUUUUUGUUUUUUUUCUAUAUUUGCAUUUGCCUUACCGGGAUUUACGGACUCCAAGGAAUGCGGAGGAAGUUGUAGCUUGGAAGCGUCAAAUCGGAGCUGUCUUGGAGUUGGCAUGUAAUUCCAGUCCAAGCCAGUCUUCUUAUGGCCUCGUUUUUUUUUUUUCUCUUUUGGACUGGGGCUGAUGUGUGCUGUUGGAUGAAGCAUUUUGAUUCAGACCUUUAAUGUGUUACAUGUCUGAGAGACCUUAUUGAGUAUCUCUAUCCAAAGUAUUAACACAAGACUGAAUCAUAACCCGGUGGUGUUGUUUCAGUUAUGGGAUGAUGCGGAUCACUUUUGUACUUCGAUCAGGAAGCUACCAUUCAACGUAGUAGCACAGAGCCGGAAGAGUAAACAUUUAAAGGUGUUCAUUAAAGGCUUGUCAAGAGUCGUCCACCAGACUUUUGCUGCUCGUGUUGGACUUUUGGGAUGCGGAUGUGACGUUUGUGCAUGACUGUAUGGUUACUAAUGCUGUGGUUUAUUGCUGAUUUGUAGUUUUGUAUCUUAGUUUCCCACUCAGCUGUUCCAAGAUACAGAAUCAUAUUCUGAGCCUCCUUCCAGAGAGUUAGUUGCUCAUCACCUUGAACUGAUAUGCAAAUAACCCACAUGUCUUGUGUUGCCACUCCUACGAGGAAUGCACCAAUCCCAAGUUUUUUCCAUUCCUGGCACCAAUUCCAAUACCUCAACUCGGUGUGUUGCCUGAUACUGAGUACCGAUCCGAUACCCAGUGUUUCUUCAGAUGUACGUCACGGUGUGGAAUUCAUUGGAAUCAUCUUCAUGUAAAGUUACCCAAAGUGGUGGAAUAAUGGUGGAAUAAAUGGAACAGUUAAUGGGUACACCUUGUUUUAUAACAAAGACACUGUUGCUCACGUCAGGGGCCAAUGACCAUUAGGAUACACAAAAGUGUUGGAUUGGUGCAUUCCUGUCUGCUACCUAAGUCAAAUUACAGCUCGGUCUCCAUCUGAACCUGUGUGCUUUAUAGUUUCCUCAGGGCUCUAGUAAGUUUCACUAGAGGUGCAAUUUUAUAUAUUAAAGCCUGAUUCAUACACAAUA